GUACUGAACUGAAUUAAACGAGUAAUCAGAAAUUGAGUGAAUGAAUGAAUGAACAUUGCUUCAAGUCUCUGCAGUCUGCAUUCGUUCCGCCCCACCCUGCACGGUACAUAUUUCCACCUUAAAAUAUCUUGUAAGAUCCUCCUUAAAAAGAGCCUCCAUAGGGCUGGCAACAUCCACACCUCCUCCAUCCUGAUAAAGCAUCGUACGGUACCGUGAUUUCAGACUACAGACUGCAAAAUUACCAUUUCCAGAAAGGAGCAGAUACGCAGACCGUCCAAUUUAUUCCACCUUCGGAAUGAACUCCUGAAUAACCAGAUGAGCUCUUUGUGAAUCUGUCAGGCGAAUAUAAAUUUCCUGCUUGCUUAGGUUCCGCAGUACUGGAGCAUCACCCAUACUGUUAUUUAUUGCUUGAAUUUUUUGAAGGUAUACCAUCUUCAGCAUCAGCAGCAUUACAACCUUUAUCAAGGGGUGCAGUAACAGUGAAUAUAGAUCUGGAGUGCUCAGCAGGGUCACGUUACAACUGCAGUACAGAAGUGGAAUUUAAUUCGCUUCUUCCUAGCCUGUUUCGACAGUUAUCAAGGACCCAGUGCAAAUUAUAAAAGGUCUUCGGUGAUAUUCCUGGCACUAUGGCUGAUACGAGCGAAUGCAACAUCAAAGUCCUGUGCCGAUUUCGACCCCUGAACCAGGCAGAGAUCUUGAGGGGGGACAAAUUCAUCCCUAAAUUCCAAGGUGAUGACACCGUUGUCAUCGGUGGAAAGCCAUAUGUUUUUGAUCGAGUUUUUCCUACCAAUACCACCCAGGAGCAGGUUUACAAUGCUUGUGCCAAGCAGAUUGUUAAGGAUGUGCUGGGUGGCUACAAUGGAACAAUUUUUGCUUAUGGACAGACAUCCUCAGGGAAGACCCACACGAUGGAGGGGAAGCUGCAUGACCCUCCGCAAAUGGGUAUCAUUCCAAGAAUUACUCAGGACAUCUUCAGUCACAUCUUUGCCAUGGAUGAGAAUUUGGAAUUUCAUAUCAAGGUCUCCUACUUUGAAAUAUAUCUUGAUAAAAUCCGAGACCUCUUAGAUGUGUCCAAGACUAAUCUGGCAGUGCACGAGGACAAAAACCGAGUUCCGUUUGUGAAGGGAUGUACAGAACGCUUUGUUUCAAGUCCUGAGGAGAUUCUGGAUGUUAUUGAUGAAGGAAAAUCUAACCGACAUGUUGCUGUCACAAAUAUGAAUGAACACAGCUCUCGCAGUCAUAGCAUAUUCCUGAUUAACAUCAAACAGGAGAACAUUGAGACUGAGCAGAAACUGAGUGGCAAGCUGUACCUUGUUGACUUGGCUGGCAGUGAAAAGGUCAGUAAAACCGGAGCUGAAGGUGCUGUUCUAGAUGAAGCCAAGAACAUUAAUAAGUCAUUGUCUGCCCUGGGAAAUGUCAUCUCAGCUCUAGCUGAAGGAACGAAAACCCACGUACCCUACCGAGACAGUAAGAUGACAAGAAUUCUGCAGGACUCUUUGGGUGGCAACUGCCGUACCACUAUGUUUAUCUGCUGUUCUCCUUCGAGUUAUAAUGAUGCAGAAACCAAAUCAACUCUCAUGUUUGGACAGAGGGCGAAGACCAUUAAGAACACUGCAUCUGUGAACCUGGAGCUGACGGCUGAGCAGUGGAAGAAGAAGUACGAGAAGGAGAAGGAGAAGAACAAGACUUUGAAGGAGACCAUUGUGAAGCUGGAGGCGGAGCUCAACAGGUGGCGAAAUGGUGAGAAUGUUCCUGAAACUGAACAGCUUAGCAACAAGGACCAAAUGACUACUGACCUGAGUGACGAGACACCAAUCAAUGACAAUGCCUCAUCUAUUGUCAUCAGGAUCUCUGAGGAGGAAAGGCAGAAAUAUGAAGAAGAGAUCCGUAAGCUCUACAAGCAGCUGGAUGACAAGGAUGAUGAAAUUAAUCAGCAAAGCCAGAUGGUGGAAAAACUCAAAGAGCAGAUGCUGGAUCAAGAAGAGUUAUUGGCCUCCACUCGUGGAGACAGUGAGAAGGUUCAGAACGAACUUAGCCGUCUCCAGAGUGAAAAUGAUGCAGCCAAGGAGGAGGUGAAGGAGGUCCUGCAGGCACUUGAAGAACUUGCUGUGAACUAUGACCAGAAAUCUCAAGAGGUGGAAGAAAAGAGUCUCCAAAACAAGAUGCUGGCAGAUGAACUGGCCCAGAAAAUGGCUUCGCUUAUGUCCUUGGAGGCAGAGAUGCAGCGUAUCCAGGAGGUUAGUGGCCUCCAGAGAAAGCGGAUCGCUGAGGUGCUGAAUGCCUUGAUGAAGGAUCUGAGUGAAUUUAGUGUCAUUGUGGGGAAUGGCGAGAUUAAACUGCCAGUUGAAAUUAGUGGAGCCAUUGAAGAGGAGUUCACUGUUGCUCGGCUUUAUAUCAGUAAGAUAAAGUCGGAGGUAAAGUCGGUAGUGAAGCGAAGCAGGCAGCUGGAGAACAUGCAGGUGGAAUGUCACCGGAAAAUGGAGGAGACCGGACGUGAGCUGUCCUCCUGUCAGUUACUCAUUUCACAGCAUGAAGCAAAGAUUCGGUCACUGACAGAAUACAUGCAUAACGUGGAGCUGAAGAAGCGACAACUGGAGGAAUCCUAUGAUGCUAUUAGUGAAGAACUGGCAAAACUACAAGCACAAGAAACUGUUCAAGACGUAGCCAUCAAAGACAAAGAGAGGAGCAUGGAGGAUGCUGACGAAGUGAAGAAGGCCCUGGAGCAGCAGAUGGAGAGCCACCGUGAAGCCCAUCAUAAACAACUGGCCCGACUGAGAGACGAGAUAAACGAGAAGCAGAAGUUGAUUGAUGAGUUGAAGGACCAGAACCAGAAGCUGCAGUUAGAGCUGGAGAAGUUACGUGCAGAUUACGAGAAGCUCAAGAGUGAGGAACACAAGAAGAGCGUGAAGCUUCAGGAGCUGACAUUUCUCCAAGAAAAACAUGAGCAGUCCAAACAGGACCUUAAAGGUCUGGAGGAGACCGUUGCCCGAGAACUCCAGACCCUUCACAACCUUCGCAAGCUUUUUGUUCAAGACCUCACAACUCGAGUUAAAAAAAGUGCGGAAAUGGAACCCGAUGACAGUGGGGGGAUCGUCUCACAGAAACAGAAGAUCUCCUUUCUUGAGAACAACUUGGAACAGCUUACAAAAGUACACAAGCAGUUGGAUUCCUGGGUUUCGAAGCUGGUUCGUGACAAUGCAGAUCUUCGUUGUGAGCUUCCAAAAUUGGAAAAACGUCUUCGGGCUACAGCUGAGAGAGUUAAGGCCCUGGAGGGUGCACUGAAGGAAGCGAAGGAAGGUGCCAUGAAAGACAAACGACGCUACCAGCAGGAAGUUGACCGCAUUAAAGAAGCAGUUCGCUUCAAGAAUUCAGCAAGGCGUAUGCAUUCUGCCCAAAUAGCAAAGCCAAUUCGACCAGGCCAUUACCCAGCCUCUUCUCCUACUAACCCCUUUGGGAUACGAAACCAUGACAACAUAAGUUACACCAACAGCCUCUUCCAGAACUACCAAAACCUAUGCAUACAGAGUGCUGGCAGAACAACACAGGUUCAAGACAAGCUAUUUGUAAAUGGUGAAACAGUUCCUUCCUGCUGUUCCCUGGACCAGUAUCAGCAUUCCAAAGUGGAUAAUGGCAAUGAGACAGACAUCAAUGACAAUAGAAGUGACAUCCAGUGUGGUCGUGAAGCUGAAGAACAAGCCAAGCUGUUCGCACUAAAGCAGGAGACAGCAGCAAGUUAAUAGCUUAAUGAGAAGUUGUUAACGGGGAUGGAGACCUUCCUCUCAGCAUGCUGCAUUUCCACCUCCUUGUAACCUCUCACGCUUUACUGUACCUAACUUGGAUAUGUAUGCCCUAAAUACUGAAUGUCUUACUAACCCUCUGUACUCAUAAUUCUAUACUACAUGCUGCUGAUGUCUGCUCACAACUGUCCUGUUUGUGAGUCAUAUGACUUUGUACCAACUCAUUCCUCAUUUCUGAGCUCUGUAGUUUUAAGCCUAUGUAUGUAUGUAUGUAUUUAUGUCCUGUGUUUUCAAAAUCUGAUGAGUAGUCCAAAGGUAGUGUAUAGAUCUCUAUAACAUUGUAGCAAAUGUAAAAUAUAAUACCCAGAAUAUAUUAAAAUGCCUUACUUAGAACCGAUAAAUUAUUAAACAAACAUAAACUUGACUGAGAAAAAUGGAAUAUUCUUGCACUUUGUAUCUAUUUAGUUUUCCCAGUCAAGUAAACUGUUACAUUUUAUUUAAUGGACUCUUUUGUGGUGUUGUACAAGCUUCUUACACAAAAUGAAUUGAACCCAGCACUUACGUGUAGAAUUUCACCAACUUCACUGCACUGGAUGACUAGCUGGGUGCCACUCACUUGAAAAGGGUUGAAAAAUAGGCAUGCAAAUAUGUGUCCGAAAAUAGUAAUGAGAGAGCGAGUGCUGGCUGUUUUAUACACAAAUACGAAAAGAUAUCUAACAAUCACUGUUUACAGCAUUGUUAAUCAGAGACUAAUAAUAAAAAGAGAUGCUUCUGCUUA